UAGCGGCGUCGAAGAAAACCUCCUCCUCUUGCGGGAUUUAACGUCCCAGCGGAAACCCGGGAGUGGGAUAUCAUUCCCCAGGAAGCCCGAAAGUCCGGAGGCCCCGAAGCCCGGAAGCUGGGUUCUCUGGUCAUGACGAAACUUGUCUCGUGACUCGAUCUUUCAAAAAUCGAGACCUCAAUACGAGGGUUUAACAUUAAUAUAUCUUCUACAACUUUCGUUGUGCGUUUUAAUUUUCCCUCUGAGAACUUGAGCAGUAAUCAUGGCUUCUUCAUCGAUACUUUGCCUUUUAACAGCUAUCUACAUGAGCACAUUUCCAUCGCACUCACAUGAAAUGUCAAAAGCAACCAUUGACGAUCGUCUGGCCGUUCUUGAAAACAGGCGAGCGCCAGUCGACUCUGUCUUUGCUUUCCACACAAACGAAGGGAAAUUGCGAUACAAGCAGGAUUUGAAGGGAAAAUGGUCGAAUUGGCAAGACAUGGGCUCUCCAGAGGGGAAAUCAAUAAUUUCAAACCCUGUCGCAGUACAUGAUGCCAACAAUCAGACCAUGGUAUUUUGCUUGUGCGAUGAUGGACAAGUUUACUAUCAACAACAAGAUGCUGACAGAUUAGCUGAUUUUGGAAAAUGGCGUACAAUUGGUUCUAAAAUUCCUUUUGAAGCAGGAGUUACGCUGAAAGGGAAAGACACAUUGACAGUUUUGAAUUAUCAGAAUAAGCUGACUGUCUUCUCGAGAUCUGUCACAAAAGCUUCCCGUCUCUACUGGACACAGGAAGUGAAUGGAAAUUGGACAGCUUGGGGUCUGAUUGGUGGGUCAUCUGUGUCAUUGAAGUCAGAUGUUGCAGUGGCCUACAAUGGAUUCUCAAAGUAUUUGGAAGCAUUUGCUGUCAUGGAAAACAACAAGAUGUAUCGAACAUGGCAAACAGAUCCAAUGAAAUGGGUAUCAUGGGAUGAAACAGGAUAUGGAGCUCCUGAGACUCAGCAUGCCCCAGUAGUGCACCAGAUGAGCCACAGCGUCUUCAAUGGUGUUCUCAAUGUGUUUAUUUAUGGAGAUGAUGGCUACCUACACCAUAUAUGGCAAACGACAUGUGACAAAGUUCCAAACCCCUGGGGGUGGUGCACAUGGAGUGUUUGGUACAAGAUUAGUGACAAGAUUCCAGCUGCACUUCCCUCCUUUAAUCCUUUAAGUAUCGGAGCUAAUAUACAUCUUGGAAUUGAGGUCUUCACAAUAGGAAAAGAGGGUGGCCUGUGGCACAUGUGGGAGUUGGAACGUGGCGGGGUGUGGAACUCGUGGAAAUAUGUUGGGCGUCCUGCAUCAGCCUUAGUCAGUCAUCCCACCAUCACGAAUGAUGAUAAAGGGUGGUGGGCUGCCUAUGCUCUAAGUGCAGCUGAUGAAGUUGAGAUUGUUGAACAGAACCGGUCCUUACUCCUCUCAGCAUCAAGUGUUCCAUUUGGAAGUCCAGUCCAAGCCUCCUGGUCUGUGCCAGUUGACGAAGCGACCAACAAGGACUGGAUAGGCGUGUAUCCAUCUGGUGCUGAUAACCAAAUGUACGUGGACUACUACUAUGUUGGAGGUGGGCAGAACCCACUCAAGGAUGCAAUACCCAAAGGCUCUCUGACUUUCAAGUCAUACCUCCCUAAUGGCAAAUAUGAUUACCGUUACCUGGUAAAUAAGAGAUUCUUUGACGCUGUGAGUUCUUCCCUUUCUGUAUUCAAUGCCACAACAGACAAAGAAUGGGUUCAGUUAUACCGAGGGAUAGCUGCAGGACUGGGUAAAGAGGGCUUCAAUUUCGAGAAAUGCGUUGAAGAUGGCAACCACACAGUAGUAUUGUUCAAGGAAUCAUUUGCCGCUUUCCAGAAUAAUGAUGUUUUCAAAGGACUACACUUAUUUGGUACAGCACUAAUGGACAUAGUGAAGGCAUUUGAGGACUGUGGUGAGACUGAUAUUGCCAAAGCAAUUGAGAAGCUGGCCAUGGAUUUUGUCAAAUGUGUAGAAGGGAACUGUGAGAAUUUUGUUAUUGAUGUUGUGGAUGAAAUCCUCAUCCUAUUUGAGAAUGUGAUUGAGAUUUAUGGAGACAUUCGAGGAGCAAGCAAUUCAUUCCAACUAGAGGCUUAUGAACAAGGUGGAUACUGCAUUGGACGUAUUGUUGCCGUGUGCAUUUCUAUUCCAUCCUAUUAUUAACGAAGUCAAUUUACCUGACAACCUUUAACAUUUCCAAGGCCACUUGGCUUUGUUAGCUUUUGCAGAUAAUGGGGAAAAGAUUUUAUGGGACAAAAUGUCAGUCAGUCAGAUUUUAUAAAAAGAAUCAACAGAAGGAAUAAGUCCAAUAUUUCAAGAAAACUAAGGCAAUGACCAAGGAGAACAUUCAUUUUGACAAUAUCAGUUUUGAAUUGGGGACUGCAGGUGUUGAGGCUUCACACAAUUAUUCUAAAAUUGAAGAAAGUUGUUAUUUUAUGUAUCAAGUAAAUAUAUUUGUUACAAACAAACACACAAAUUGAAAUAGAAUCAUUAAUUAAUUUUGAUGUGGUGUUUCAAAGAAGUGUGAUUAUCAUAGCAAAAGUAAGUAACGAUAACAAAAAAUAAAGCUGUGAGAGCAAAUCAGAAAUCUUUUUGGAAAGAUGCAUUCUGUACUUGUAUAUUGUAUCAAAUGAUCGUCAAACAACGUUAAACUGAUGCAAGCACACGAGUAAAAAAUGAAGCCAAAGAUCAUUCCUCAUAUAGAUUAAGGUUAGUUAAGUCUGCAUAUAAGCCAAGUGGUCCAUCAGGCCAUAGCCUGCGAACACAGACAUAUUUCCGGCUGUGACUUAGUUCCACCGAAAAAAAAACGUCUGCGAACCCAAGCCAGAAAACGAUUUCUGUGACAUAGGAAUUCUAAGCCAAUCACAGUUUAGCUCAAAUAACCCCAGAACUACUGCAUGAGGUAUUUGCUGUGAGGAGCACUCAAGUUUCAUUCUAUCAUGGAAUCUGAUUGGCCAAGGAGGAACAAAAGUCAUUACGUCACAGAAAUCGUUUCCUGGCUUGGAUUCGCAGACGUUACUUUUUCCGCGGCACCAAGUGACAGCUGGAAAUACGUCUGCGUUCGCAGGCUAAUCGGGCCAGAGCUUAGAAUAAAACACAAUGUCCUUGGCCAGGGCUCGAACCCGGACCACCUGAUCCAGAGACAAACGUACUAACCAUGAGGUCACCACAGUAUAUACCACUAAAAGUGUACAUUGUACACUACUGAAACAAACAAGACUGAAAAUUAAAAGAUGAGUCAGAAGGCAACUCUAA